AUGGCAACAAAAUCCUGCCUCCUCCUCACCAAAUCCUCCGUUUCUACACGCCCUGGUGGCACCAUCUUGGCAGCGACCAGCUACGAAGAUCCGCAAGGGCUCGUGGAAGCUAUCGAAGGCACACUUGAGGCGAACACCAGCAAAGCCAAACACUUCCUCAAGACCAACGUAUUGUGUCUUAAGCCGACUGUAUCGAUCGCCACACUUCGCUCGAUCGAAGUUCCCGACCUCACAGCACUGCCCCCCCUCAAGGCCUUGAUCCGACACUCGGCUCUCGACGAAGCCUUUACUGAGGCGGUAAACAAGCCCCAGUCGAUGGAUCAGGGGUUUUACACACACCUAUUUGAUCUCUAUGAUGAUGUCUUUGUGGACAUCGACCAGCGCGAGGAUCGCAUCGUUCUACCCCGCCACGCGCUGCUCAUUGAAUACAAGAUGUCCCUCAAAGCCAAGAAAGUCAUUGGAGGGCUGGCUUCGGUGAUUGGAGGCUUGAUUGUCAUUGCAGUCAAAGCUGGGGAGGGGUCCCUCAACUGA